UGAAAUAUAAACAUUUACAACAAGAUAAUAACAAAUGCGAGUGGCAUGACAAUUGAUGAAAUGAGGUCUUUUUCUUUAUGUCUGUUUACCAGAUUAUUUUACUUGGCAAUGUGUGACAAAACAGUGAAAUUAGGUUGUUUAACCAUUGGUUUGCUUCGUAACUACAGCUCUGACAGCUCCACCUAUGAAUGCAAGGCACUGUUCUGAAACUGAGUAAGAGGUCUAAUUAGCUUCUGUGUGGAUCAUACUGAUAGAACAUGCCGCCCAUGACAGAAAUUUUACUUUGGUCAUUUCUCUUGCUGUGCACAGCAAUAAAAUUGCAUUGUGAACAGGGAACCACGCAGGAUGUUGACAAUCAAAGUAAGUGUAAUGACAUGUAGCCAUACAACUGCAGUAUAGAUAAAGCAGUGCAACCAACACGUGUAAUGCUGUCUGCAUUAAUGUUCACAGGUCCAUCUACUUCUGCACAACUGCAGGAGAUGGCAGGCUUGGAGCAGAAUCUACUGGUCAUUCAGCCAGAGAGAAGAACUGCAUUACGAGGCCAGGCAGUGAUACUAUCCUGCCAAUUCGAGUGUUGCACUGAUGAAAGUAUCAUAGUGAGGCCCUCUUGGCACAAAGAUGGAAUCAGUGGACAAGAGAUUUUUGACAAUGACCCAAGAUAUUCAGGAAGGAUCACUAUGCCAAGUACUUCAGAGUUGCACCACCAAAGAAAUGCUUCCUUUAUAAUCACCAACUUGACAUUAGAGGAUUCAGGGACUUACUUCUGCUUUAUCAAGGUUGUGAGGCGAAUUCAGGGCUCAACAAUUUUGAGUGGAGUUGGGCCUGGAGAAACUUUAAUAGUAAAAAGCCAGCCUACUAGGCCCUCCCUGAUGGCUGAAAUCUUGGACUCUGAUGAAGACAGCCUUAUUCAGCUUCAGUGCAUGUCACAUGGGUUCUUCCCUGCUUCCCUUAAUGCAACAUGGAUAAUCAGCGGGCAAGAAAAGUACGAGAAUGAAAUCAGCUGCAACUUUGCGAGGAAUGAAGAUGGAACAUAUACUGUUAUAAGCAUGUUAAAUAUAACCACGCUAACAGCAAACAGCAGCACAGACAUUCAUCUCGGGUGUGAAAUUCAGCAUGAAACCCUGGAAGCAUCUUUAAAAAGCAAGUUAGUAAAACUCUCUCUCCACACUGGACCCCAUACAAAAAAUACCAGAUAUGCUACUGACUGGGUGCGAAUAGGUUUGUUUAUCGCCUUCACUGCUGGAGUCUCCUAUAUGCAUUGUGUAACAUGGAAACAACUACAAAAAUAUGUGGAGAUAAAAUGAGAUGUGACCAGUGAUUUAUUCCAUCAUUUUCACACAGGAAUCAAGAGGCCACCUUUACUAUUUCCCUCUAUUGGAAUACAAGAUCCAGCAUACCUAUGCUUUUGUAGGUGCUGCUUUCUUCUGAAAGCAGAGACACUUGUAAUAAAUAUUUCCUUAAAUUAAGAAAUGAAGUACUUUUGUUAAUUAGGACUACUCUAAUGAUGAACCAGCUUCACAACAUGUCACAACUGCAGAAAACACAGGCCUUGUGCUAUAAAACGGACAGUGGAGAUACUGGUUUAUACAAAAUGCAGCAGGCAUGGCGAGAACUCUGUCAGUACCUAUACUAGUAGUAAUUUUCUUUCUUGCAUUAAAUUGAUCUGGAAGUUGGAAAAGACACUACUCCUUUUAAAUACAAAAUGUACAUACUAAGUUAAGAACAGAGAGCCUCUGAAAUUCUUGCAAAUUUCCAAAACAUAGUGUGCGUGUGUGUGUGUGUGUGUGUGUGUGUGUGUGUGUGUGUGUGUGUGUGUGCUAUCACAGAUAAUUUUAACUGAAAUUUGAUUUUUUUUUGUAAUUGCCUAAAGUAUGUUAGAAAGC